ACCAGCACACCGCCGCUCCCGUCUAUUUCUUCGCUUCGCUUCCUGCUCCACCAGACCACGCUGCCCGCCUCGGCCUCCCUCCGUGCACCGGACGCAAUCGCGGAAUCGCCUCCUCAUCGGCGCCGCUCCUCCGACCGCAUUGCACGAAGCCAGCACUCCAGGCCCGCCCGCCCGCCCGCCGCCGGGGCAGCCGGCACGGCAUGGCAGCAGCAGCCGCCUCGGCCGCGGCGGCAUGGACCGUCGAGGACGACGUCCUCCUCAAGAGCGCCGUCGAGGUUUGGAGCCCAUUGCUGAAUUUUCACUAGCAUCCAGUCAGCUGUUAACAAUUCUUUUGAAUGCACAUUAGUGGCUGGUGCUUCAUUGGAAUCAUUGGCUAAAGGAGCUGUAUGCUUCUCCCAUAAAUUCACCCUUCCAGAACUGCAGGAUCGCUGGUAUUCAUUGCUAUAUGACUCAGAGAUAUCAGCUCAAGCAUCCGCUCGCAUGGCCAAGUUUGAGAUGGAGCUUUCAGCCUCCAAUCCUGCUAAAGCAUCUAAGCUUUUCAACCCAAAGGCAAAAUGCUUUUCCCUGUACAAGCGGAAGAUAGACAGUGUAAAGAGUCACUACUAUGCAAUGAGAAAGAGAAUUCGCCAUGAACCAUGUUUGUCUGCUGAUUUUUCUUAUAGUAUUGCACCCUGCUCAUGUAAUCCUGUUGAUGGUGGUGGUUGUGCAUGUGGAGACCAUCAUUUGUUACACAAAGUUGAUCCACCAGGAGCUGUUGUAGGUGGAUGUGGCUCUAAGAGAAAACAUGUACAUUCCAAUGGUAGUGGACAAUACUCAUUUCAUGCAGAGCAUUCUAACUCUGAUGGCAGCAUGGUGAUAGAUGGAAAUACCAACUAUGAAAGCCCACAUGGCUACUCAGAUGUAGACAAAUUAUAUGGCUGUGACAACAUGCAGAAGAAUUCUCAGACCAGUGGAAGUAAUGCAAUCUCUGCAAAUAAUAGGUCAGAUCUGACUGAUCAGUUUGACUAUGGAGAUAAGGGUUCCAAGGCUCCACUGGGCAUUCAUCAAGAUGGUGUAAAGCUUGACCGAUCUUCUGGGAAUACAACAGAAGGAUUUCUUGAGCCAGGUGCAUUCAAAGCAAUUAAUCAAAAGUGGUGUCUUCGGGAACCUAGCGUUCUGACUUGGAGUAAGGUCCUGGGUGUUAAGUCAUCUGAUAUGCUGACAGAUAUGCAUAAAAUUGGAGAAACUCUUACACUUUCUGAUGACAAGAAAAUGGAAACAAAUAGCAUUGAUGCACUUGAAUUUCAGGCAAAUUUGGAUAGUGUAGUAUGUGAUUCUCGUUUAGGCAGUGCAAUGGCACCAGAAGGUGGAUUCAUGCAUUCCUACUUAAAGGGUCUCAGUCAGAAAGAAGACCUUGAGCUUCUCAGCAGUGAUUUUUCUAAGACAGAUAAGGAAGAUUUAGGGCCUCACCCCCCUGAUGCAAUCAACUGUGAUGACCAUAUAGAUCCUAUCCAAAAGAAGCCAAAUGUAGCAGAUGUUUCUGGAGUAGACAGUAUACCUGCUUCGUCAGAAGUGCUUUAUCCUGAACAUAAUGUCAAAUGCGUGUUGAACAAAGAAGAUUCUGAAAUCCCUGUCAAUGACUAUAUACCUAUACCUGGUCAGGAUGCUCAGCAUGAUGCGCGUUCGGUUGCCAAACUGCUAAAUAUGGAAAAUGGCCAACCUUCGUCGCCGCCACCAUCAGUUAAUCUGGAAUCAGCCAUCCUAAAGCAAAAUGCAAAUAUGGUGCCUCUUAAGGAAGGUUGUGCUGUAGGAAGUGAGCUGCCACCUGGCUUGCAGGGUAACUUUGGUGAUAACAAUGCAAACAUGUGUAUUUCAGCACUGCAUUCUGUUGAUGGAGGUGAAGAAACAACUUGUGGUUUCACUAAACAUGAGAGUUGUUAUGAUGUACAGAAUUUGACUUUGGAUAAGUCAAUUCAAGUGUCCAAUCAAAUGAAUUGCAAGUGUCUUGCUCAUAAGCCCGGAAUAGGCUGUGAAACUGCUAUCCAAAGCUGUAACUUGGCUUCUGCAUUGCCAGAUACAGAAUUUCAUGACCCUGUUGCAACCAUUUCAACUACGGGCCAAGCAGAAGGAUCUGACAGUGAGAUUAUUGUUCCAAACUAUUUUGACCUAGAAGCACUGAUACUUGAUCUGGACCUGAUUCCUUGGGAUCAAGAAUCUGACUUCGUCCAACCUGAAGUUUCAAGGUUUCAGUAUCCUGAAAGCAGGAAGGAUUUGAUAAGAUUAGAGAAAGGUGCCUGCUCUUAUAUGAACAGAUCUAUCAUGUCUAAGGGUGCUUUCGCAAUUCUUUAUGGCCAACGCAUGAAAUACUACAUGAGAGAGCCUGAGGUAAGUCUUGGGAGAGAAACAGAAGAAGUACAUGUUGAUAUCGAUUUGAGUAAAGAAGGGAAGGCAAACAAAAUAUCCCGUCGACAGGCAGUUAUUAAGAUGGACGAUGAUGGAUCUUUCUACAUAAGCAAUACCGGGAAGUAUUCAAUUUUCGUGAAUGGCAACGAAGUACCCUGUAGUAAACGUAUCAACUUAAUGUCAGACUCAUUAAUUGAGAUAAGGAACCUGAAAUUCAUUUUUCAUGUGAACCACGAGGCUGCAAGGAAGUACAUAGUUGGAAAAAGGAGAGGAAGCUCCCAAGGCGAGAACACAGCAUUUGAUUGGAGUCAGAACCCUUGAGUUAAUGUUAUGAUCAAGGAUAUUUAUAAUCUGCGAUAUCUAUAUCUCUCUUCCAGAAAGCAUUGGAUUGGAUGAGAGCAAAGUUAUUUAUAAUCCCCGGUAGCUAAUAUCUCUCUCUCUCUUCCAGUUAGCAUUUUAUCCAUUUACCUUAGCUCCACCCACCAUAUGUAAAUCCAUGUAUAUUCCUGGUUCGUGUCUGGGUCCCCUCCCUUGUUUUAUGUUAGCAGUGUCACAACGUCCAGUAGUGUCUUCAACCCCAGGAUGUCCCUGGAAUAAUGAUGUCACCCAGGCUGUGUCUGGUCUGUGUUGUCUGUAUGGCGUUGGACACCUUCCUAAUGAGUAGAUCCUACUCUGUUUGUAACUGGAAUGUUAAGAGGCUUGGGUGAUCCUGAGGAAUGCAGUCAUGUUCUUGCUGAACUUCUCUCUUCAAAUCCAAUUCUGGUUCUUUUGCAAGAAACUAAACUUGCUGACAUGUCCCGCUCUAAGCUCCUUCCUUUUUCUUCCGUGGUGUCUCCCGUUUCGAAAAUUACUGGAUUCAGGCCCCAGGAUUCUGCGACAACGUGGCAGCUGCUUGGAAUUGCCGGACCAGCCACAGUGGUCCCGCUGCAGUGGCUGCUGCUAAGUUUAAGAGUACCUGCUCAGCCCUCAUGUCAUGGAGGAAGCGCAACCUCAACAUGUCCCAACAAGAAAUUGACUGAAAAUUAGUCAUCAACAUCCUCUUAUCACAUCGAAGAAAAUUGCCCUUUGUCAGCCCGGGAGUUUUUGCUUUGCGUCAUCAUCGUUAUCAUUUGGACGAUAAGCCAUAGAAGAAAGUACUAUUGGUUGAUUUGUUGUGAGAGAAAAACACUGCUACGAAAUUAUCUAUUCUAAAUCCAAUUACACUUUAUAUGGUGUGUUGAUUGGCGAAACAAAUAAAAUGGUCCUAUAUAUAUCAA